CCCCCCCCCCCCUCCUGGCUGCCCGGCGCCGAACGAUCGACUGGACGCUCUUUUCUUUUCUUUUCUUUUCUUGGUUUAAGCUGUAAUACCCGGUUUAGUUGUGCUCGCCAUUAUAUUUCUUUUCUCCCUUCCGUCCUGAUUAUCGCUUGCGUGACCCCUACGACAGGACGUCCGUCCCGGAGGCGGCGUUCCUCUUCGGACGAUGACGCGAGCCACAACACCACCACCGCUGCUGCUCCAGCUCCAGAGUCCGGAAUCGCUGUCGUCGCAGACCGCGGGGCUGCGGGCGCUCAAGAACGAUAUUAUUGGCCAUGAUCACCGCAAGGAGGCCUGGAUCGGCUGGGGCAUCGUUCCCGUACUCUCACAUGUCCUUGCCUCGAGACUGUCGGGCGACAAGCGGUUCGCCGAGCUCGAGCUCAAUGGUGCUGGUGCUGGUGCUACUCAGCAGGGUCUGCAACGGACCGGGAGGACGGUAGAAGACGAGGCCUGCGUCCAAGCGAUUAUCAUUGUUGGCAGUCUAGCCCAAGGCGGACCCUCCUUUCUCUCGCCUAUACUGUCCAGCGAGAUUGUCUCGAUUCUGCUGCGCAUCCUGUCGUCGCCGGACUGUCCUCUGUCGCUCUCUCUUCCCAUCCUCAGAACCCUAAACGCCAUCGCUGAUCGGCUACCCUUGCAGAGUCAAACCCAAUGGCGGAAAGAUACGCGUCUUGCCGACUUGCUCUUCUCCAGAGAACAUAUAGACUCGCUGGCCCGGAUCCUGGCCCAGGAUUACACCUCGCCGAGUGCCCAGGCGUCGAUUGAGCUCGUCGCCGCGCUGGUGGGGAAUCUAUGCACCGAGGAGACGCACAAGGCCACGCUGUCGGCGUCGGGUGUUCUGGAUGCUCUGGCAGGGAAAGUCGCCUCGUUUGUCGUCGCACAGGGGUUUGUCGUGCCCGGCGCCGAGGAGCACGUCGAUGCACCGGGCGCCCUGGGAGCGCUCCCAGCCCCGGCUCCCCCAAGUGCAAAACUGGCCCCCAUCCUACGCGCCAUUUCCGUCAUUGUCGAGCACUCCAAGGGUCGAGCAGAGCAUUUCCUGUCCUCUCCAGGCAUCCUCACUGUCUUUCCCAAGCAGCUGCCCCCCGAGUUUGCUCCCCAAGAUAUUAAAAAGGCCCCCUGGGGUCUCACCUAUCUGUCCGGAUCCGCCGUUCCCCGUCACGGCAGUGGGCAGAAUGCUCUCGACGGCCUCCUCCCCUCUGUUCCCGUGGCCCAACAGACCGGCAAGCCCUCGACGAGCGCGGCCAACUUCCCGCCAUUGGCCUCGACCACAUCUCAUCAUCAUCACCGGCGACACAGUCACUCGUAUCCUACUCCGUUCUCGCUGCUCGAAGACUCUUCGGCCGAUGACGAUGAAGAUGUCAUCGUUCCUUGGCUCUUGUACAUAGUUCGCGCCGAGACCGGCAUGCUUCGGUUGAUGGCCGCCCGCCUGUUGACCGUGCUGCACCGCCUCGGGUUUACCAAGAAACACCGCGUGUCGAUGUUUAGCUAUCUGUUGAUCCCCAUCUUGAUCCGGAUGCUCGACAAGGACUACGAGAUGGAUGGCCCCGAAGAGACUGACUCCUGCAGUGGGCUCCUUUCCGCCACCCAACAACUCAAGGCGGAGGCGCCAGCCGUGCUGGCCACCCUGGUGAUCGAUGACCAGGAGUUACAAAAGCAUGCGGUCGAUGGGGGUGCGAUCAAGCGGCUAUCACAGCUCCUCAAGGAGUCGUACAACCCUAUCCAAGAGAACACUCGGUCGAUCUGGCACGCCGAUGCCUCCCCUACUCUAGCAGCUGACGCUCUUCCGCAAUGUACCCUCGGCCCUCCCGGAUAUUCACCGGUCGUCUGCCACAUCAUGCGAUAUCGGGAAAACAUCCUGAAAGCCCUGGCAGCCCUGGUCCCCUUCAAAGACGAAUACCGCAAGGCUGUCUGCGAGAACGGUGUGGUCCCCUACAUCAUCGACUCCCUCAAACCUCGUCCGUCAGAUCCUCCCGCCGACACGACCACUUGGAAGAACACGGCAGCUGAUGGCAAUCCCACGCCCACUCUGCUAGCCGCUUGUGGUGCCGCGCGUAUGUUGACCAGGUCAGUCAGUAUCCUGCGGACCAGUCUCAUUGACGCCGGUGUCGCAAGCCCGCUCUUUGUCUUGAUCAAGCACCCGGACAUCGAAGUGCAGAUCGCAGCCACGUCAGUGAUUUGCAAUCUCGUUCUUGAUUUUAGUCCGAUGAAGGAGGCAAUCAUUUCUGCAGACAUCCUGCCGACCCUCUGCGAGCAUGCACAUUCACCCGACACGAAACUACGGAUCGAGAGUCUGUGGGCUUUGAAACAUGUGGCCUACAGCUCAGCCAACGACGUCAAGAUCAAGAUCAUCGACGCCCUGGAACCACAAUGGUUGAAACAGAUCAUCAUGCAGGAUCCCACCAGAGCUGCUCUGUUCCGACGAGACGAGAUGGAAUCUGCGGGCACGGCGGCUCUGGGGAUGGGGACUGCCAACUCGGCUGGGGAACAGGUCGAUCUGCUCAACCCGAUGGAAGAUGUGCAAGACGCCGAAGACGAUUUCAAAAUGAGCGACACGAUGCCCUCCUCGAAGAUGAGUCUCGAAAUGUUUCUCCCGGAUGUGCGGCGGCGACGCAAGCUGGUCAUGAUUGGGGAUCUCGACCAGACGACGCAGGCCCGGCAGGAUGACAUUGCCGUGCAGGAGCAGACAUUCGACCUACUCCGCAACCUCAUCUGCGGGACCGGUGCGCCGGAGAUGAUCGACUACCUCUUCAAAACGAUCGGCCAGGACGCCCUCCUGGACGCCCUGGCGAACAAGCUGCGCCCGCGUAGCAUCCACCUCGCGCACCGGCCCCUAGCCUCCAGCAGUAGCCGCCUGCUCCAGGUGCCACCCGAGAUUCUCGUCUCGGUAACAUAUGUUAUCAUCCACUUGGCAGCGAGUGUGCCCCGGCACCGCAAGUUGCUAGUAGCUCACGACGACCUCCUCCGCAACCUGCUAGGCUACUUCAACCACCCGCAGCGCGACGUGCGCGCAAACUGCGUAUGGGUGAUGAUCAACCUCGCACACGAGGACGACCAAACCGACCGCCCGGGCUGUCGCGAUCGGUCGCUUCGGCUCAAAUCCCUGGGCGUGAUGGACCGACUGGCCGCGCUGGAGGACGACGCCGACCUCGACGUGCGCGAGCGCACCAAAACAGCCAUCCAUCUCCUGAACCUGCAUGCUGCGAGCUGAUUCUUUUUUUUUCUUUUCCUCU